CAUGGAUCUCCAUAGUGCCAGCACUGUUGUUCUUCGGGUCUUAACGCAGGCCACCAGUCAGGAUACUGCUGUGUUAAAACCAGCUGAGGAACAGUUGAAACAGUGGGAGACACAGCCAGGUUUCUAUUCAGUGUUGCUGAAUAUCUUCACAAACCACACUCUGGAUAUAAAUGUAAGGUGGCUUGCUGUGCUGUAUUUUAAAAAUGGAAUUGAUCGCUACUGGAGACGUGUAGCACCUCAUGCUCUUUCAGAGGAGGAGAAAUCUACAUUACGUGCAGGGCUCAUCACCAACUUCAAUGAACCAAUAAAUCAGAUUGCAACUCAGAUUGCAGUGCUGAUUGCAAAAGUUGCUAGAUUGGAUUGUCCUAGACAAUGGCCUGAGCUGAUCCCCACUCUUAUUGAAUCUGUUAAAGUCCAAGAUGAUCUUCGACAGCACAGAGCAUUACUUACCUUCUAUCAUGUUACCAAGACUUUGGCUUCUAAACGACUGGCUGCUGAUAGAAAAUUGUUUUAUGAUUUAGCUUCUGGAAUUUAUAAUUUUGCCUGCUCUCUGUGGAAUCACCAUACAGACACAUUCCUGCAACAAGUUUCUUCUGGGAAUGAAGCUGCAGUUCAAAGUUCACUAGAACGAACUUUACUGUCAUUGAAAGUUCUGCGUAAGUUAACCGUUAAUGGAUUUGUGGAGCCUCAUAAGAAUAUGGAGGUGAUGGGUUUUUUACAUGGAAUAUUUGAACGUCUAAAACAAUUUCUGGAUUGCAGUAGAAGUAUAGGUGCAGAUAACAUAUGUAGAGAUAGACUGGAAAAGACCAUCAUUCUUUUUACUAAAGUGCUUUUGGAUUUCUUGGACCAGCAUCCCUUUUCAUUUACCCCUCUAAUUCAGAGAUCACUAGAAUUUUCUGUAAGCUAUGUUUUUACAGAAGUUGGUGAAGGGGUUACAUUUGAGCGAUUCAUUGUCCAAUGCAUGAAUCUUAUUAAGAUGAUUGUCAAAAAUUAUGCUUAUAAGCCAUCAAAAAAUUUUGAAGAUAGUAGCCCUGAAACUCUUAAAGCUCAUAAGAUUAAGAUGGCGUUUUUCACAUAUCCCACCUUGACAGAGAUUUGUAGAAGAUUAGUCUCUCAUUAUUUUCUGUUAACUGAAGAAGAACUGACAAUGUGGGAAGAAGAUCCAGAAGGCUUUACAGUGGAAGAAACAGGAGGAGACUCUUGGAAAUAUAGUUUGAGGCCUUGCACUGAAGUGCUGUUUAUAGAUAUAUUCCAUGAAUAUAAUCAAACUCUUACUCCUGUACUUCUGGAAAUGAUGCAGACACUUCAAGGGCCCACCAAUGUGGAAGAUAUGAAUGCACUAUUAAUCAAAGAUGCUGUGUAUAAUGCUGUGGGAUUAGCUGCUUAUGAGCUGUUUGACAGUGUUGAUUUUGAUCAGUGGUUUAAAAACCAACUUCUUCCAGAAUUACAAGUCACUCAUAAUAGGUAUAAGCCAUUGCGACGCAGGGUGAUCUGGCUUAUCGGUCAGUGGAUUUCCGUGAAAUUCAAGUCUGACUUAAGACCAAUGCUAUAUGAGGCAAUUUGUAACUUGCUUCAAGAUCAGGAUUUGGUGGUCCGUAUUGAAACAGCAACAACUCUGAAGUUAACUGUUGAUGAUUUUGAGUUUCGAACAGAUCAGUUUUUACCGUAUUUGGAAACCAUGUUCACACUACUUUUUCAGUUACUGCAACAAGUUACAGAAUGUGACACAAAGAUGCAUGUUUUGCAUGUCCUUUCUUGUGUGAUUGAAAGAGUCAACAUGCAGAUACGACCAUAUGUAGGAUGUUUGGUACAGUAUUUGCCUCUUCUCUGGAAGCAGAGUGAAGAACACAAUAUGUUGAGAUGUGCUAUUCUGACAACACUAAUUCAUCUUGUUCAAGGAUUAGGAGCAGACAGCAAGAACCUGUACCCUUUCCUGCUCCCAGUUAUUCAACUGAGUACAGAUGUUUCACAGCCUCCACAUGUUUAUCUUCUGGAAGAUGGUUUAGAAUUAUGGUUAGUGACAUUGGAAAACAGCCCAUGUAUAACACCAGAGUUACUUCGUAUAUUUCAGAAUAUGUCACCACUUCUUGAACUAAGUUCAGAAAAUCUCAGAACCUGCUUUAAGAUCAUCAAUGGUUAUAUUUUUUUGUCAUCAACAGAAUUUUUACAGACAUAUGCAUUAGGUCUAUGUCAGUCCUUUUGUGAUCUGUUAAAGGAAAUUACUACAGAAGGUCAAGUUCAAGUACUCAAGGUUGUGGAAAAUGCUCUGAAAGUGAACCCAGUGUUAGGUCCACAAAUGUUUCAACCAAUUCUACCCUGUGUUUUCAGGGGGAUUAUAGAAGGGGAGAGGUAUCCUGUCGUGAUGUCCACAUAUCUUGGAGUUAUGGGACGAGUCCUGCUACAAAACACUAGUUUCUUUUCUUCACUUCUUAAUGAGAUGGCCCAUAAAUUUAAUCAGGAGAUGGACCAGCUUUUGGGAAAUAUGAUUGAAAUGUGGGUUGAUCGCAUGGACAACAUUACCCAGCCUGAAAGAAGAAAACUUUCAGCUUUGGCUUUGCUUUCUCUUCUUCCAUCUGAUAACAGUGUUAUCCAAGAUAAAUUCUGUGGAAUUAUAAACAUCUCAGUGGAGGGCCUACAUGAUGUCAUGACAGAAGAUCCUGAAACAGGCACUUACAAAGACUGCAUGUUGAUGUCUCAUCUUGAGGAACCAAAAGCAACAGAAGAUGAAGAACCACCCACAGAGCAGGAUAAGAGGGAAAAAAUGCUGGCCCUGAAGGAUCCUGUGCACACGGUGUCACUGCAGCAGUUCAUCUACGAGAAGCUCAAGGCACAGCAGGAGUUGCUGGGAGAACAGGGCUUCCAGUCGCUCAUGGAAACAGUCGACACGGAGAUUGUCACCCAGCUACAGGAGUUUUUGCAGGGAUUCUAAGAGCACAUGACAGAAUCGUGCUGCCACCUCUUUCUGAAAAAAAGUCGAUAACCCAGCCUGCCACCUGUACAUGAGAGCCUGCUGAGAUGCUGGAGAAAUUACUCGGGUUUGAACAUAAAGAAGCAAAGACCAUACAUUUUUUACUACAAAAUUCAAAGAAUAAAUGUAAAAUGCUACAUAACAAAAAUCACAAACCUAUUCCUCAAAAGAAUUUAAUUUUAUAUUUAUGAGAGAGGCCCUGUGUUUGCUAGAGAUACAUUUGAUGAAAAUAGCUGCUUAGUUUCCUGUUAAGAGAAGAAACUGUUUGAUGAUCUUUUAAUCAUGUACUCUUAACAUUUGAGAAGACAAUGGUUAAUGUCUGAGAUUUUUGCAACCAAAAUUAGUUACAUUUGGCUG